GUUCCUUGAUCAAAUGACGUUUCAAUAGAAUUAUUUGUAAAUAGCAGUUAGUCUCUUUAAAAGACUCUGAUAGCAGCGAUCAAUCAUAAGAUCAAAGAAAUCUCUUGAAAUAACAAAAUAAGAAUAUUUUUAAUCGAUUAUAUAAAAAAUCUGGGAAUGAUAAGAGCAAUAAUUCUUCAUUGUUUUUUCAUCAAUCUAAUUCAUUGCAUUUCCGAGCAUCCUAUUUUAAUUGUGGUAUCAUAUGAUGCCUUACGAUAUAAUUACUUCGAUACCAAACGUCUACCUCUGACUGAGAAAAUGAGAGAAUAUGGAACAUAUGCUGAUUAUUUAAUAAAUGUUUUUCCUACCAAAACGUUUCCCAAUCAUCAUUCUAUAGCUACCGGUUUGUAUGUUGAAAAACAUGGGGUAAUUGGCAAUACAUAUUGGGAACCAAAAGAAAAUAAAAAGAUUGGAAUGAGCUACCAAUUAUAUCAUUAUAAUGAAGAUAUAGUUCCUAUUUGGAGAUACAAUGAAGCAAAUGGAAGGGGAAGGUACUCUGGCUCAAUGAUGUGGCCAGGUGCAUCUUUUCCCUAUCAAAAUAAGAACAUAACACACAUUGUGGAUUACAAUCCACAAAUGGAUUUUAAUGAAAGAAUUGAUAAGGUCAUAUCAUGGAUAAGAGAUCCAGAAAAGCCUGCCAAUUUAGUAAUGGUAUAUUUCGAAGAACCGGAUAACCAUGGGCAUGCCUUUGGACCAAAUUCGAACGUGUUCAAGGACAUUUUAGUUAAGAUGGACAAUCUAACACAGUACCUCGAGGAUCAAUUGAAACGAUAUGGCUUGAAAGAUAAAGUGCACGUAAUACACACAAGUGAUCAUGGUAUGGUUCCAGUAGCAGCCUCUAAUAUUUUGAAUAUCACUAAAUACUUGGAACCAGGAACUUAUCAAACGACAUUCAAUAACCCCCUCAUGGAUAUCAUACCCAAAGAAGGUUAUGAAGACAAAAUUUACAAUAACUUGAAAGCGGCUGCCGAUGAAAACGAAAACUUCAAGGUCUAUAGAAAGAGAGAUUAUCUCGAUCGUUGGCACUUUAAGAAUAACCCACGAAUUGCUCCUAUAUAUGUAAUGGCAGAGGUUGGAUAUGCAUUGGACGGUCUUGCUAGAAAAAUCCCUUACUAUGAAUCAACCUACAAUAUAUCAGUCAGUGAUGAUUGGGAAUUUGGUGUUCACGGCUACGACUACACUGUCAGCGAUAUGAAUCCAUUCUUCAUGGUCAGAGGACCUAAUGUGAAGAUAAACCAUAAAGUUCCGCCUUUCCAUACAGUUGAUCUAUUCCACCUUUUCUGUCUAAUUCUUAAAUUGCCGAUGGUUGCCAAUGAUGGCAGAGAGGAAAGUGUAAGGGACAUAUUAAUAUAUUCAGAAGAUGCUAGAAGAUUCGCAUUCUCCAAAGGUUUGCUCAUUACAGUUGGUGGACUACUUUUAUCGCUUAUCUUGAUCAUCUGUGGUGCCUUGGUGACACUUCUGAUGAUCAAACGCCACCAAAACAUAACAACAACGGCAGCAUUAAAUAAACGUUUUCCCCAAACUUUUACUCAAACUGUGGAAGCUCAACACCUAUUAGAUCCCGAGGAAGCAUAAUAUUUAUUGAAUGAAAUAAGUUACAUGACAAAAAGAAUAUAUGCAUAAUGUUUUCUAUUUUAUAUUGUUGGAAGAUUUGAUAAGUGAAAAUUUCAAUCUUUGCUAUCAAAGGAGUUUAUGUCACAAUGAAAUUUGAAGUAGGUGAAGAAUGUACUAUUUCAUAUUGCUGUCAUAAUCACUUGUUAACGAUUGUGUUUCUUAGAACACCAUGAUGUUUACGGAUAGACUUCUUUUAGUACAUCCUACAUGUUGUUACCAAUUUUUUGUAUUCGUCUUUUACUGGCACUAUGGAGUGAUUCAGUUGAGAGUUGCAAAUAAUUGGAAUUUGUCAACAUCGGUGAUUCAAAUCAUAUUGAUUUGCUUGAAUUACGAAUAGCUGUUUUAUAAUAUCUACUAAAUGUUGUAACUUAAAUACCGUUAUAAUAAUAGGUAAAGAGAAAAUUUGCCGAUCAGAAGUCGAUUCACAUUUAUGCAGAAAAUUUUGAAAUAUUAGUUAUCACUGCUUGAUACUAUUCGAUUUUUCUCAUACUGCAAUAUAGUGAGAAUCAUUCACGUUAUUUCGUAUUAUUGAAAUUUUGAAUCAUAAUUCGUGUAGUGACACUCACGAACAAAGAAUUGUUCAGCUUAUAGUAGUGGAAUUUUCUGUAUUGACCUUGACAUCCACAUGUAGAUGAUCAUUUUCGAUCUGGAAUGAAUUGUACUCGAAAUAGUAGUCGAAUUAAGAUAAGAGUUAUUUUCUUGUCUGAAUAAAACUAAUCUAUAUAAGAGAGAAAUCAGCAUUAUUUUAUCUGAUAUUUUCAGUGUUUGGUAUAUCUAUUGUUAUAGCUAUACCUGGAUGAAAUGUAUGAAAGUUGAUUACAUACAUUUUUCAAGCCAAAUUCCGUUCCGAUUUGUAAUUUUGUGAUAUUAGGGACUAGGUUGGAGAAUUAAUUGAAAUAAAAUUAUGUGAAAGUUGAA